CUGGAUAGCGGUAGUUUCCCCUCGUUUCAGCUGGAGCGAACUUAAAACUGUUAUAGACUCCUGCUGCCUCAGGCGCAUCCGUCAGCAAGCCAGUGGUGACCGCUAAGAACAACGAAAGUUCUAGAACAAGAAGCUACCCAAGACCACUUCCACUAGUGUGUGUAGUGUACCACGGUAACCGCGUAACCCACCCGUCACCAUGCCGAUUGUGGUCAUGACCUCCUCGCCCCUGCUGUGGGCGCGCGUGCUGGCCAUGCUGUUUGCCUGCGUGGCCUUCAGCGUGGCCAUUCACCAAGGCAACAUCAUCUACCGGGAGGCGGGGAACUGGUGCGUGUUCAGCUGGGGCCUGGGCUUCUGCGGCACGGCCCUGGUGCUGCUGGUGGAGAUGUGCGGGCUGCAGGCGCGCAUGCCCGUCUCCUGGAAGAACUUCCCCAUCACCUUCGCCUGCUACUCCUUCCUGUUCUGCCUGUCGGCCUCCAUCAUCUUCCCGCUGUACUUCCUGAAGGGCAGCAGGUCGGGGGGCCAGGCCUACGAGCUGAUGGUGGUGGCGGAGGUCUUCUCCUGCCUGGCCACCUGUGCCUACUUGUCGGAGGUGAGCAUCAGCAAGGCGCGGCCCGGCGAGGUGGCGGGAUACAUGGCCACGGCGCCGGGGCUGCUGAAGGUGUGCGAGACCUUCGUGGCGUGCAUCAUCUUUGUGUUCAUCAGCCACGACCAGUCGUACGACAGGCACGACGCCCUCCGGUGGUGCCUGGCCGUGUACUGCAUCUGCUUCAUCCUGUCGGCGGUGAUCAUCAUCAUGUGCGUGGGCGAGUGCACCGGCUGGCUGCCCUUCCCCUUUGCACGCUUCCUGUCCGCCUACGCCUCGCUGGCCGUCCUCAUGUACCUGUCCGCCACUAUCAUCUGGCCCAUCUUCCAGUUCGACAGGAAGCACGGUGGCACCUCCAGGCGGGACCCCUCUUGCGGCUACAGCGCGGGGCUCUGCACCUUCGACAAGCUGGUGGCAGUGGCUGUGCUCACUGGGGUCAACUUCCUACUGUACCUGGCCGAUCUGGUAUACUCCGCCAGGCUGGUGUUUGUCACUGUUUGAGCCAAUGAGGGAAGAGAGAUAGAGAGAGAGAGAGAGAGAGAGAGAGAGAGAGAGAGAGAGAGAAAGGGGAAGGCAAGGGAAGGGAAGGGAAGAGAUAGAAGAAUAAGAACUGAGAUAAUAGGUGAAAUUAACUAUGAGAAAAUGGGAGACAUCAACGCAGCUGGAAAAAAAAGGUUUUGAUAGAUAUAAAAAAACAGAAGGAAAAAUGCAAGCACUGUUAAUCCAUGCUUCACAAUUUAGCCGUAUUAUGGCCAGAAAUAAGUUGUUGAAAUAGAAACAAGUUGUUGAUUUAAGCGUAUGUGAUGCAUUUUGAAGAACCACACUGAAAUGAAAAACAAAAAUGAUGAUGAAAAAUGCAGCUGUAAUGUCAGACUUACUGCUUUUUAGUGUUACCUUAUUUCCAUUUGUAACACAGGGAUAACACAACAAAUGUAAUGUUUUUGCCAUGUAUGCUAUCAACCCAAAGUUGUGCACUUACAGCAGGAAUAUAUGAAGUGAGAGUAGAGUAUUUUGCAACCUUAAUAAAUCAGAACUAACUAUU